GGUUCCGGCUGUGCGGGCCGCACCGCGGCUACGGGUCCCGGGCGCGCGGAGGGCGCGAGUGGCGCGCGGGGGCCGAGGGGGCGCGAGGCGGCGGCGCGGGGACUCCGGGCCCCGACGGCGGCCCAUGGGGCGGGAGGCGUGAGGCCGCGGCCUGCCCGGGGCUCGGGGGGUGGGGGGAGCGGGGCGGGGAGAUGGAUAAACUGACCAUCAUCUCAGGAUGUCUCUUUCUGGCCGCCGAUAUCUUCGCCAUCGCCAGCAUCGCCAACCCGGACUGGAUCAACACCGGGGAGUCCGCGGGAGCACUCACUGUGGGCCUCGUGCGACAGUGUCAAACAAUCCAUGGACGAGACCGGACGUGCAUCCCACCUCGGCUUCCCCCAGAGUGGGUCACCACACUGUUUUUUAUCAUCAUGGGAAUCAUUUCAUUGACUGUCACAUGUGGUUUGCUGGUGGCUUCCCACUGGCGGAGAGAAGCUACAAAAUAUGCUCGAUGGAUAGCAUUCACUGGAAUGAUCCUUUUCUGUAUGGCUGCCCUAAUAUUUCCGAUAGGAUUUUACAUCAAUGAAGUCGGAGGUCAACCUUAUAAAUUACCCAACAACACAGUAGUUGGGUCAUCAUAUGUACUUUUUGUCUUAUCAAUUUUCUUUACAAUAGUAGGACUUCUAUUUGCUGGCAAAGUUUGUUUACCAGGCUGAUGAAUGUCUAAACUGCUCAACUCUUCUAUUAUUUUUUAUUUUAUUUUAUUUUUUUAUUUUUGGAGGGGGGAGGACAAAGGCGAGGCAUCUGAGUAGUCCUCUCAUAGGAAGAUGCUAGGAUGAAACUGAUGCUGAGAAGGAAAAAAAAAAAACGCUUUGAUUUGUUCUCACUAUGCACUUUGGAUUUAAAAACAAAACAAACAAACAAAAAACAAAAAAACAAUAAGGAGAGCCUUUUCCAUAACCAAAUACAGACAAUAUUGACUAAAUCUCCUGAGCAUAUUCAGGCAGUCAGGUCUGCACUGUGAUAGCAACCUAGUGAAGGAGAAUGCUUUAUACUAAAAAGCAUGUGGCCCUUUGUGACUCUGUUGUUCUGUUUUUAACGUCUAAUGAUUGAUGAAAAAAAAGUCUAAGUAUUUAUGAAUCAUGGUGGACCAGAGGGUUACAAGAGAAGUUCAUGUGGGGCUGGCCUCACCUCCUAAGAAAUUAGUGUUCACAGCUUCCUUGUAAUGGUAUGAGCCUUUGGCACCAGAAUGAUUUGCUGUUGCAUUACUACACCAAGAAGCCAAUAGAUCAAAACUUGUUUGCUAAAAUGUAUGUAAAAAUCCUGAAAUUCCCUAUUCUCUGUGUACAAAACAAAACAAAAAAAAUCAAACACUAAGAGACAUGU